AUGUCACACAUGGAAGAGCUUGCAUACCUAACGGACAAGAUCGCACCAAGAGUCACAAUAACAAUACCAAUGUUGGAAGAAGACCUUGGGAAAACACUAGAAGAGAUGCAAAAUCAAGUAAAUGUCGCAAUGACUAUCAACGAAGAAUGGAAUCACCUCAAACUGGAAUGGUUCAAGUUCGCGGAUACAGAGAAAAUCGUCACGAUUUCCCGUCUAAUUCGCGCGGCGGGAGCAGCGAGAGACAGCUACCUCAAGCUGUGUACUCGCUUGAUUUUGACGGCCAAAUGGAUGGAAAAGUUCCGGCGUAUAGAACUAGAGCAGGAAAGUCGGGAAAGGGUGUGGCUAGACGACAUCCUGUGCAUGGACAUGAAAGGACAAAUGAAAAAAAUGAACAAGAUCAUAGAAAAGUUAGAAAAAGAAGAGAGAGUCGUGGUAGCAUUUCUCCAGACAAGAAACGAGGACUUCCAUAGAGCACAACGCGACCAACUAACGAUUAGUCGUCUGAAAGAACAACUCCGAGAAGCCGAGUGGGAACUCUUCUCUAUCAAGGCCAAAAGAGCAAGGCUGGAGAUGGGUACAGAGGAGGCACCUCCUAAUCCUCCUGAAACAAGUAAGAACCAGCAACUUCCAGAGAGAAAGGAAGAAUCACGAGUCCAGGAUCUCCCAAGACUUGUGGACGAUGAGGAGGAAGAGAUGGAACUAGAGGAGGAACUCAUGGUGAUUGACGAAGACGAAGUCGGGGAGGAAAACAGUGCUAGGCACAGACAGGAAGCAAUUCUGGACGAUGACGGAUACCUCGACCAGCUACUACGGGAAGCCGGAGAGACGCCCCCAAGAACUCGGCGAACCAAGUAUCCAAUCAUUAGACGAAUCCAUACUCAGAGGGAACGUCGUCAUCGAGCAAGCGGAGGAAGACAUGAAGAGAGUACAGAGUUGCAGAAUCACAUCCAAGAAUUGGAAGCCCGCAUCCAAGUAGCGCGGGAGGAAAAUCGAGCAAGGGAAGAAGAGGUCAACGAAGUAGAGAGGGCUAUCCAAGUACUCCCGCGACGCAUUCUGCUAGACGCCCCUGAAAAAAUCCCAGUGAACAUAACCUGCGCCUUCUAUGGAGACGAAAGGUACAACCUCGCUUUGGAAGAGGGAUUGUGUCAUAGAUGCCUGCUUGGACACGGCGGCCGGUGCAGAAAUCCCUUUCGUCCGUGUUACUACUGCGAGAAAGUCUCGGGGACCGUGUCGGAGGAAUAUUGUCCCAAAGACGAAGAUCAUCACAAGGCUCUAUGUCCCAUACCCAACGCGGAAAAUAAACUCCAACAACGAAUCCAGAGGAUCAUGGGCCACUAUCUCGAAGUCGAACAAGACAUAGAGAGAAUGGAAAAGCAAAGGGACGACCUCAAGAAUCAAGUAGAACAGAUUCUUCGUCAGGAUCCAGCACCACCAAGACCAUAA